AUGCAGUGUCCUCGUUCGUUUCCUCAUCCAGUGCCAGUCCCCGGCGACCAAAUAGGCGAGCGAACGAACGAAACGACGGCAUUUUUGCCUGCCCCUUCACGUUCCUCGUUCCUCAACCACACUCAGCAGCAUCCACUUUCCCAACCGUCCUGGUUCCUCCCUCUCCCGCAGUUCGUCACUUGUACACCAACCAGGCAGGCCGAUCAGGUACCGCUGCGUAAUACUCCCCGCCGACCUGGGGCAUACACUCUCAACCUUUUCGUCUUCUUCCCGUCCAUCCGCCAGCCUGUCUGUCGGUCAGUCAGUCAGUCGAGCAACCACCCUGCCGCCCCGCCCGCGUCACUCACCACCACCGCGGGCACCUACGUACCUCCCCCCAGCUAA